UAUCACCUGCCAUAUAUGCUCUGUUUUUCGUGCACGUCUUGGUCCCUUAAAAACACCACAACGUACUAAGUACUAAGCGAGAGAGUUAAUGGGAGGAAGAAUAACGCUUCAAAGGUUCUGACUUGAGUGAGCUACAGGAACAUAGAACAAACAUACAUGGGGCUGCUGCUACUUUCUUCUGCAUUAUGGGAUCCUUCUCAUAUCUGUGUUUCCCCCAGUUUGGAGUUUAUCUGGCCCCAUCUAUCAGCUUCUAAGUCGUAUUCUCUUGGUUUGAAGUUUAACUGCCAACAAUUUUGCAAGGGAAGAUCAACAUUGCCGGGAGUUUUAGUUUGUGCCAGUCGAAGGCCCAAAGGAACUAUCUGGAGACGAAAAACUUUGCAGCAAAAUGAGGAUUUACCGCCAAUUUUACCAAAGAAUAAGAAAAAGCCGUACCCUAUUCCCUUUAAGGAAAUCAAACAGGCUGGCAGGGAGGACAGAAAACUUGCACACAUGGGAAUAGAGAAACCGCUUGAGCCUCCGAAGAAUGGAUUGCUUGUUCCAGACCUAAUUCCUGUUGCCUAUGAAGUAUUUGGUGCUUGGAAGCUUUUGAUUAAAGGUCUUGCCCAGCUUUUGCAUGUCAUUCCUGUACAUGGCUGUAGUGAAUGCACAGAAGUUCAUGUAGCCCAAACUGGUCACCACAUUCGGGAUUGUUCUGGUACUAAUGGUCGGCAGCGUCGUAGUUCUCAUGCAUGGGUAAAGGGUUCGGUCAAUGAUAUACUUGUCCCUAUUGAAUCCUAUCAUCUUUUUGACCCCUUUGGUAGGCGUAUUAAGCAUGAUACACGAUUUGAAUAUGACCGGAUUCCAGCUGUUGUUGAGCUAUGCGUUCAAGCCGGUGUAGAUAUCCCAGAAUAUCCUUCACGCCGAAGGACCAACCCCAUACGGAUAUUAGGGAGGAGAGUAAUUGACAGAGGUGGAAAUUUAGAGGAACCUAAACCAUGGCGCUUUGCAGACCCCUCUUCACUCAAUGAUUUUGAUACUUACAGAGCUUCUGAGCGAUUUCCACUACCAUCAUUGUCAGAUUUACCUAAAAUUGCCCAAGAAACAAUGAGUGCAUAUGAAACUGUGAAAAAGGGUGUCAAGAAGUUGAUGAGGAAGUACACUGUGAAAGCUUGCGGUUAUUGCACUGAGGUUCACGUGGGACCAUGGGGCCACAAUGCUAAGCUUUGUGGUGCGUUUAAGCAUCAGUGGAGGGAUGGGAAACAUGGUUGGCAGGAUGCUACUGUGGAUGAAGUUUUUCCUCCAAAUUAUGUGUGGCAUGUUAGAGACCCUAGGGGGCCUCCCUUGGCAUCUGCACUGAGGAGAUAUUACGGAAAGGCUCCGGCUGUGGUUGAAGUGUGCAUGCAAGCUGGUGCACAGAUACCAGAAGAUUACAAGCCCAUGAUGAGGCUAGACAUUAUAAUUCCAGACACUGAGGAGGCAAGAAUGAUUGCGUGAUGUAAUUUGACAAAAUGCAGCUGUGUUCAUGUGUUAUUGCUGUACGUGCAUAAUCCUAGCAUGAGAAGAUUCAAUGAUCUACCAGAAGGGAAAGCCUUGAAGACAAUCUUCCACAGGACAUGCCUGAUUCAAAGACUAGGUGCUAGCUUCCCAUAUGUCCAAUGUUAGUGUACAUGUAUAUAAAGCCAAUAGCAUAGCAAGUAGGUUUUAUCACAACUUUGGUUCGUCAGUUUGUAUGAUGUCUUAAACUAGUGAAAAGUUAUGUCGGAAUAUCAAUGCACCUGUUAAUUUAUUUUAUGUCACAAUUAUAAUAUAAUCAAAUGAACUUUUUAUACA